AGUAUGGGAAGGAGAAAUGACAGCUCCCUGCAGGCCUUCAUCCUGGUGGGUUUCUCGGAUCGUCCUGGACUGGAGAGAAUUCUCUUUGCUUUUAUUUUGGUCUUCUACAUUCUGACACUGGUCGGCAACACUGCCAUUAUCCUCUUGUCAAUCACGGAUGCCAGGCUCCACACACCCAUGUACUUUUUUCUUGGCAAUCUCUCUUUCUUGGACCUCUGCUUCACGACCAGCAUUGUCCCCCAGCUAUUGUGGAACCUUUGGGGUCCAGAGAAGACUAUCACCUACCAUGGUUGUGUGGCUCAGCUCUACAUCUACAUGAUUUUGGGCUCAACUGAGUGUGUCCUCCUGGCUGUCAUGUCAUAUGACCGUUAUGUGGCUGUCUGCCGGCCCCUGCAUUACACAGUAGUCAUGCACCCACGCCUCUGCCUGCAGCUGGUGACUGUGGCCUGGCUCUGUGGUUUUCUAAAUUCCUUUGUCAUGUGCCCCCAGACAAUGCAACUCUCCAGGUGUGGGCGCCUUCGGGUGGACCAUUUUCUGUGUGAGAUGCCUGCUCUGAUUGCCAUGGCCUGUGAAGACACCAUGUUGGUGGAAGCUUUUGCCUUCGCUCUGGGUGUUGCUCUCUUGCUGGUCCCUCUCUCACUGAUCCUCAUCUCCUAUGGCAUGAUUGCUGCAGCUGUGCUAAGGAUCAAGUCAGCAGCCGGGCGCAAAAAGGCUUUCAACACCUGUUCUUCUCACCUAACAGUAGUUUCACUCUUCUAUGGCACCAUCAUCUACAUGUACUUGCAGCCAGCGAACAGCUACUCUCAAGAUCAGGGCAAGUUUCUCACCCUCUUUUACACCAUUGUCACACCUAGCAUCAACCCCCUCAUUUAUACUCUGAGGAACAAGGAUGUGAAGGGGGCUAUGAAAAAGCUUCUGGGGAAGAAGUGA